CUGAAAGCCCGUUUAUAGCUAUGUGGUGACUGUAAUAAACAGAACACUCAACCAGUGAUGGUUGGAAGCACAAGCAGCCCUACUGAGAAAGCUCUUCUCCAUUUGAAAGAUGUAAAUGAAGGUCAGGAGCAGAUUUGAAGAAAUGCAAAGUGAAUUGGUAGCAGUCAGCAUGUCAGAGACAGAACACAUAGCCUCCAUUUCUUCUGAUGCAACCACUGGGACAACAUCCGAGUUGAAGGACGACUCAUGCAUCUCAGUUUCUGGUGAUGAAAGCAGCAGAUUAGAAACGGGAUCUGAACUACUGUCAUUGAACCCUGACAGAAUUUUAUGUCAGACUAAUGAACAGUGUAGUCAGAAUGAAGUACAGGAAGAUGAUGUGCAGGAAGGCCAUAUUCCAGACGGUGGUAGUGGUGAGAAUUCUUGUGCUGAAACAGACACAUGCCCAGAACAUUCUGAACAAAUGGAUGACUGUCCUGGCGGAAACUUUGCAAAACCAGUGUCCCACACCAGUGAGCCAGGACACAUGGUAACACAGAGACUGGCAGAGCUAAAGUCAUCCACACCCACAGAAGCUGGUAAUCCAAAGACCUCCUCAGCAAGCCUCUAUGAUACAGACUGCACCAGGAAACUCAUUUCAAAGAUAAAGACUGUUUCAGCAUCGGACGAUUUGUUGGGAGAAAUAGAAUCUGAGCUCUUAUCUGCUGAGUUGGCAGAGGAGCACCAAGUACCCAAUGGAGUGAACAAGGGCGAGCACGCCUUAGCCCUGUUCGAGAAGUGCGUGCACAGCAGGUACCUGCAGCAGGAACUCACUAUUCAACAGUUAAUUAAAGAAAAUAAGAAUCAUCAGGAACUUAUCUUAAACAUUUGUUCAGAAAAAGACAAUUUAAGAGAAGAACUGAAAAAAAGGACAGAAACAGAGAAGCAGCAUAUGAACACAAUUAAACAGUUAGAAUUAAGAAUAGAGGAGCUGAAUAAAGAAGUUAAAGCUUCCAAAGAUCAGCUGGUAGCACAGGAUGUCACAGCUAAAAAUGCCAUUCAGCAAAUCCAUAAAGAGAUGGCCCAGCGGAUGGACCAGGCCAAUAAGAAAUGUGACGAGGCCCGCCAGGAAAAGGAGGCGAUGGUAAUGAAGUAUGUGAGAGGCGAGAAGGAGGCUCUAGACCUUCGAAAGGAAAAAGAAACCCUUGAGAGGAAACUUAGAGAUGCAAGUAAGGAAUUGGAGAAAAACACUAACAAAAUUAAGCAGCUGUCUCAGGAGAAAGGGCGGCUGCAGCAACUCUAUGAAUCGAAGGAAGGCGAAACAACCAGACUCGCCAGAGAAACUGAGAAAUUAAAGGAGGAGAUGAACUCUCACAUCAUUAAAGUAAAGUGGGCGCAAAACAAGUUAAAAGCUGAAGUGGACUCACACAAGGAGACCAAGGAUAAACUCAAAGAAACUACAACAAAACUAACCCAGGCAAAGGAAGAAGCUGAGCAGAUCCGGCAGAACUGUCAGGAUAUGAUAAAGACAUAUCAGGAAUCCGAAGAAAUUAAGUCCAAUGAGCUUGAUGCAAAGCUCAGAGUCACAAAAGGAGAACUUGAAAAACAAAUGCAAGAGAAAUCCGACCAGCUGGAGAUGCAUCAUGCCAAGAUAAAGGAGCUAGAAGAUCUGAAGAGGACGUUUAAGGAGGGCAUGGAUGAGCUACGCACACUGAGAACAAAGACGAAGUGUCUGGAAGAUGAACGUCUAAGAACCGAAGAUGAGCUGUCAAAGUACCGGGAAAUCAUCAACCGGCAGAAAGCCGAGAUCCAGAAUGUAUGGGACAAGGUGAAGGCCGCACAGCAGUUACAGGAACAGCUUCACAGUGGUAAACAAGAAAUUGAACAUUUGAAGGAAGAAAUGGAAAGCCUUAAUUCUUUGAUUAACGACCUACAAAAGGACAUUGAAGGCAGCAGGAAAAGGGAGUCUGAGCUCCUGCUUUUCACAGAAAAGCUCACUAGUAAGAAUGCACAGCUGCAGUCUGAGGCCAGCUCGCUGCAGGCACAGGUGGACAGCCUCUCCUGCAGCGAGAGUCAGCUGCAGAGCCAGUGCGAACACAUGAAGCAGACCAAUGGUAACCUGGAGAGCAGGUUGCUCAAAGAGGAGGAACUUCGAAAAGAAGAAGUGCAGAGUCUGCAAGCCGAGCUUUCCGCUGUGCAGACGGAAGCCAGAGCCUUGAGCACCCAGGUGGAAGAGCUGAAAGAUGAGUUAGUAACACAGAGGCGCAAGCACGCCUCUAAUGUCAAGGACCUCAGCAAACAGCUGCAGCAAGCUCGGAGAAAGUUAGACCAGACUGAGAAUGGAAACUACGACAAAGAUGUGAGCAGCAUGGGAAGUCGCUCCAGCUCAUCAGGGUCACUUAAUGCUCGAAGCAGUGCUGAAGACCGAUCUCCAGAGAACACCAGCUCCUCGGUGGCUGUGGACAACUUCCCAGAAGUGGACAAGGCCAUGCUGAUUGACAGGAUAGUGAGGCUGCAGAAAGCGCAUGCCCGGAAGAAUGAGAAGAUAGAGUUCAUGGAGGACCACAUCAAACAGCUGGUUGAAGAAAUAAGAAAAAAAACCAAAAUAAUUCAGAGUUACGUUUUACGAGAAGAAUCAGGCACACUUUCUUCAGAAGCAUCUGAUUUUAACAAAGUGCAUUUGAGUAGACGCGGUGGCAUCAUGGCGUCCUUGUACACAUCCCAUCCCGCUGAUAGUGGGCUAACACUGGAGCUCUCUUUGGAAAUCAACCGAAAAUUACAGGCUGUUUUGGAAGAUACAUUGCUAAAAAAUAUUACUUUGAAGGAAAACCUGCAAACACUUGGAACAGAAAUAGAACGCCUUAUUAAACACCAGCAUGAACUGGAGCAGAGGACGAAGAAGGCCUAACACAAAGUUCUUGCCUAGUAGACAAACAAGCCACAGAGCAGUAGGUGCCACUGCCCAGUGUCCUGAAACCGUCCCUGCUUUCUGUCAACUAAUCAAAAAUUGGUUUUCUUCCCUGUGGAGAGGUGCCCUUUUAUGAAUGGGUGUGAGGUGUGUGUGCCUGAGCUCACUGAGUUCAGCAAAGGUCAUUUCUCUGCGGUGCAGUCAGAUGCCUUGUCACUGACUCAGAAUUGAAUCUGCUUAUCGCCCCAAAGUGCUACACAUUAGUUACAAGGGUUAAAAACCUUACCACAGUCUCUACCUUAGUGACAUCAACCUUUGAAAAGUAUUCCUGAGAAGAGGGAGGUGUUCAUCCAACUGCUCAUUAUUUCUGCAAAAUGAAAAGAAACCUAGAGGAAUUAUAAAGCUUUUCAGUUUUGAUCUGGGCACAGUGAUCACCCCUGUAGUCCUAGCUACUUUGAAGGCUAAAGAGGAUCUCUUGAGCUCCUGGGUUCAAAGUCAGCCUGGAAACAUCUUAAAACCCCAUUGUAGUUAGCUCCAGUCACAGAGUAGCCUUGGGCUACUUGGGCUGUGGUAGAAGGGCACUUCAGUCAGUUCUGAGUUUACCGACAGCUGGCAGGAGAGCUGGCUGUAGGGAAUUAGCUCUGGCCAGGCACUGUGUCAGAUCUCCUUACCUGACGUAGGUAUAUUUUUCACAUUUGAGUUACUAGUUGAAAUUUUAAAAUCUUAAGUUAUGUAAACUAUGAUUUUAAACAAUAUGUAGACUUAAGUUUCUCCUGUGAAUUUGUUAUGUUUUAAAGUGUGAAAUGAAUCCAGUCAGUCAGUGAAAUGAACAGAUAAAUGAGGACUUGAAACCGAGAUGCUUUAUGACAUGCCUUAGUUCUACUGACACUGUGUACGGAAGUGCAGAGGGCUGGGCCGAGGCUUAUGUGUGCUCAUCACGUGAGGAGACGCUCAGUUUCCUCACGUGCUGUUUCUGUAUGUUAUUUACCACAGUUGUCUUCAGCCAACUGGACUUUGGAGCUGAAUUGUGUAUUUUGAUGGAUGUUUACAGUGUUUAAGAUGUACAUUUAAAUAUUGCCAAUUGUAUCGACACUUCUGUCAUUGCAGAUUUUCUCAGUUGGUAACAUCUCACUUCCCAGAACCUAAAACACCCCAUUCUCUGGGACUCUAUUCAUAUUCAGUAAGCUUCUAUUGGUGAUUUUUGGGUUGGUUUUUGGAUUUUUGGUUUUUUUCCCUCUUAAGGAACUUGAGCUGUGGGAUCUUUGGGAACUCUAAAGAGUUGUCUGGGCUCUGGCUGGGCAUGGUAGCACAUGCCCAUAAUCCCAGCACUCCGGAGGUGCAGGCUCAUUACAGACCGGCCUCAAGUACACAGCGAGCUGGAGACGCCUCGGAAGCCUGUACUGUAAUAGAACUGUGCGGGCUCUAAAGAUUACAAUCAUGACGUCAGCGCCCUUUUAAUGUGUUUUAACAUUUCCUCAAAUCAACAUUGAUUAUAAAUGUAAUUUACUAAAUACUAGAUGUCAGUAUAAUGUCUUUUUGUGAAUAUUAUCUGUUAUCUGAAAAGUAUUCUUAGCUUCAGUGUGAAAAUGCAUUUAAUGUUUUAUUUUUAAGAUAGUUGUAAAAAGUAUUAGUCAUAAUGUCUUGCUCUUUUAUUAUUAAUAAUUUAUUAGAAUAAAAAAUAAGAGGGUAAGUGCAAUAAGUUCUGAGUUACUUUCCCGUGUCGUCCUAGACGUACUCGGAGCUCUGGAAAGGUCUACAUAGCAUAGGCAGCACGGCUCCCUCCUGUUCCUUAGCCACAGUGAUGCAUGAGCUAUAGCAAUUGGGCUUUAAUUCCAAGACCUGAAACGCAUAGUGGAAGCCAAGUAGUGAUCACUGCUCGUGUCCACAGCGUUCUGUACCUACAGACUAAUGUACACACGGGAUAGGAUGGACAGGCUAGUGCUAGUGUUUGUACCGCCAUGUACUUAGAGAACUUAGUAAUGAAAUAACUUAAAAAUAUAAUUACUAAAAGCCA